UCACCAUCCAUGACACUCGGUGCCCGGAUCCUUUUUGUGAAUACGUAUUAAUCAUAGGUAAAUAGGUAUGGUAUGUAUUACUCCGUGCCCCGGGUCACGAAUGAAACAGUGGAGUCCCGACGACGCGUCACGGUGAGUGUUGGUAGUUACAGUAGGAUUUGCACGUUGAUUUGGAUGUUGCGAACGAGACAACUGAUUGAGACCUCCGUACGGCAGAGAGAUGAUUGAUAUGGCAAACAGCCGAACAUCAUUGCGGUGGGAAACAAGUACUCGUAUCCACCCCCAGGGAUCAAAUCAUACGCACUCGCGUUUCUCGAAGGGAACAGCGAAACAGCAACCGCUCUGUGCUGCUCUGCUCAGCAACACGAACAAAACACCGCGGACAACCAAACGAAACCAAACGAAACGAAACGAAACGAAACGAAACCACACCAAACCAGCAAAAGCGCAUUGCAGCGAGGAUAACAAACAUUCCAGGCAUUCCGGGCAGGAGCAACGAGAUGAUCUCCGCCACCACGGCCCUUCGAUCGGCGUCCGGCAGCGGCGGCGCCGGCCUCCUCGGGUCCCUCUUUUCCGUGGCGGGAAAGAACGUCCUCGUCACGGGGGGAUCCCGGGGGAUCGGCCUCAUGAUCGCCAAGAACUUUACCGCCGCCGGGGCCAACGUCCUUCUGACCUCCCGGUCGGAGGACGCCUGCAUGGAGGCUUCCGAGGCCAUUGCGGGGACCAUUUCCGCGAGCGGGAGCGGGGCCCCCGCCCCCAUGUACGUGGCCUCGAACGUCUCCAGCCGAAAGGGSUGCGAGGAGCUGGCGGACCACGCCGCGAGGGUCUUUGGCGAGAGGGGGCUGGACGUCCUGGUCAACAACGCGGGGGCCUCCUGGGGGGAGCCCCUCGAUCGAACCUCGGGGAGGGCGAACUGGGGAUUCGACAAGGUCCUGGAUUUGGUGCGUACCGAGCGUCGAACAGAGAACAAGCGAAGCGAAGCGGCAACGAUGUGGACUCGAGCGUUCUUCGCUCGCAGCUCGUGACGUGACGUGACGAGACGAGACGAGACGAGACGAGACGAGAUGGUUGUUUCCUUGCCGGCGUGUGCGUGCGUGUUUUUUUCUUUCUCGAACCUCUCAACGGUGUUCCGUUCUCCGUUCUCUUUUGCCCGUGCCGGGUCCCACCAAACGCGCUCCGACAAUGCUCUCCGACCUUCGAAUGCGUUCUUGCCUGCCUGCCUGCCCGCCUGCCCAGAACGUCAAGGGUGUCUUUUAUCUCACCCGUGCCUGCCUGCCCCUCCUGGAAAAGGCCGCCACCCCCGAGAGCCCCUCCCGCGUCAUCAACGUGGGGAGCAUCGUCGGGAUGGUCCCCCAGGCGGCACCGACCCACGCCUACGACGCCUCCAAGGCGGCGGUCCACUCCCUCACCCUAAAGCUCAGCGCGGACCUGGCGCCGAGGAGCAUCACCGUCAACGCCCUCGCCCCGGGCUUUGUCUCGACCCGCAUGUCCAAGGGCCUGGGGACCUGGGGCGCCACCGAGGACAAAAUCGCAAGGGGGAUCCCCCUCGGCCGGAUGGGCACCGAGGAGGACAUGGCCGGGGCCUGCCUGUACCUGAGCUCGCGGGCCGGGGCCUGGUGCACGGGGGUCAUCCUCAACGUCGACGGGGGCUCCGUSGGGGGCAACCAGAUCGACCUCGGAUCGAGUUUGUAGGGCGAAGAACACCGGCACGRCGAAACCCCGCUCCCGGAAAGAGGGCGCGCUGGGUUGCCGAAAUCCCCACCGAGGCAAGCGAAGGAAUUGUGUUUCGUUGCAACUGCCAUUCUGCUGCCGCUGUGUCCUUCUCCGGGCGUGCAAACGGCGCUUUUGCGGGAGCUGGACCUGCUGCGAGAAUUGGCAACAACACCCGGUGCCCGUGGCUUGCAAAUGGGUCGAAAAAGCCUGCACACGAUCCUGCUCUGUACCGGGUGCCGCAAUGCAUGUGGCACCGGUGCGGACAUGUUUGCCAUUGCCGGACGGUACCGUACGAAGAUCUUACAAACARAAUCAAUUAGAAUAACAAUA